UGGACCCAGCUGAAGAACCUUAUUCAAAGUCUCUUCUUUUCAACUUCUCUCUCUCUCUACAGUGAAUGGUGUUAGCGGUGGUGGUCUCCACUCUCCAGUGUACGACAGUGGGCGGCGCAGUAAUCUCCAUUCUUCAAGUAGAUCACACUGAGCACUGCAUAAUUGCAUAUGUUUUUUCCCUCCCUAUAUCUUCGCUUCCUGUUUGAACGAAUUCCAGUUGAUUCAUAGCCGUUGCGGCGUGGUUUAUAAGUUCCGGAGCGAGACGGAUCCGAUGUUGAAUGACGGAGGAGCUUACCCUGGUUCCAGCAACGCGCAGUUUAAUAUGGCGGAGAUCUGGCCGUUUCCGAUCAGUACCGGAGGAGCGACGUCGCCGUAUGCGUUGGCGCCGGCGGAGGAGGAUGUGAAUGCGAUGAGUGAUCCCAUGGUUAUCGACCGGAGAGUGAGUCAGAGCGGCGGCGACGGCGGAGGACGGAAGCGCAAGGAGGAGGAUGAAUCUGCUAAGGGAGGAGCGGGAGCCUCGACUAGCGGCAACGGCUUGCAGAGUGAAGAUGACAGUAAACGGUUAAAGACCGGUGGACAGAACAAGAUUCCUCGGUCCAAAGCUGAUGGGGAAGGAGCUUCUGGAAAGCAAGCAGAACAAGCUGCAAAGGCAGCGGAACCGCCUAAAGAUUACAUUCAUGUUAGAGCUAGGAGGGGACAAGCAACUGAUAGUCACAGCCUAGCAGAAAGAGCUAGGAGAGAGAAAAUAAGCGAGAGGAUGAAAAUUCUACAAAAUUUAGUCCCUGGCUGCAACAAGGUUAUUGGCAAAGCGUCGGUCCUUGAUGAGAUAAUUAAUUAUGUCCAAUCAUUACAACACCAAGUCGAGUUUCUAUCAAUGAAGCUCGAGGCAGUGAAUUCAAGAAUACCCCCCGGGAUUGAAGGAUUACCAUCAAAAGAUUUUCCCCCGCAAAUCUUCGAUACAUCUGGCUUGGCGUUCGGUUCGCAAGCUACAAGGGAAUAUGGUAGCAGCACAUCACCUGAUUGGUUACAUAUGCAGACUGGAGGUGGAUUUGAAAGAACAUGAAUAAACAGCACACUGCAAUUCUUGCUAGUUCUGAAUAAGAGCAUUAAAGGGCUUGUCUCAGUGCUGCAGCUUUUUUGGAGUGCUUUUAUUCUUAAAUAUAAAUUGCUUUUAUUCUCUUUUGUAAAAAAAAAUAAAAAUAAAAAAUUAUUUUUAUUGCUAUACAAGAGAUAAGUGGGGUUUUUGUUUUUGUU